GACCAAGGAGUCGAGGAGAGGAAAUCUUUGAAAAGAGACCCGGCCAUAGUCUUACACACUCUUGUUUCCUUGCUCACUCUCCUGUGUUUCACUCUCUCUUCAUCAGGCAUCUACAGAGAGCUGUGUCUGGAGUCUGUGAAAAACAAGUAUGAGUGUGAGAUCCAGGCAGCGUGCCAGCACUGGGAGAGUGAGAAGCUGCUGCUGUUGGACACCGUCCAGAGUGAACUGGAGGAGAAAAUCCGCAGACUGGAGGAAGACAGACACAGCAUAGACAUCACAUCAGAGUUGUGGAAUGACGAGCUGUCGGGAAGGAAGAAGAAGAGAGACGCUCUGAGUCCAGACAAGAAGAGGAGGAGACCUUCAGUGGUGUCUGGCCCAUAUAUAGUUUACAUGCUCCCUGACCUGGACAUCCUGGAGGACUGGACCGCCAUCAGAAAGGCCGUGGCCACGCUGGGGCCGCACAGAGGGAAGUCCGACUCCGACAGCCCCGUGUUCCCAUUCAGACAAGACAGAAACAGGCCCAUUCUCAACUGCUGAGGAGCACACACACUUUACAAAGCACACCAAACACACAGGAAUGCAAACACAUAGACAAUACACCAGAUAUAAGAUACAGUAAUGUAUCCAUUGUAACAGUCGAUUGGCUUUACUGCUGUUGGCGGGGUAGCAGCAACAUAUAUUCUAGCCACCUGGACGCCACAUUUAGACUUUUUUCACCGUUUGUCAACUCUUUCCGGAACUGAAGACGUUUUGCUUGCUGAUCAAAGCCACAGGGACAAAAAAGCUAAUUUUACUGCGGGGUUUCCUCAGAUAUUAUUCCCAAGAAUAACAAAAACAAGCAAAUGGUUGGAGACAACAUUA